AUGUACCCUUGGUCGACUAUUCAGAGCACACUUCAACACACCAAUGUGAAAUUGAUUGCUUCCAGACAGCGUGCUAUUGCAGAAGGAGAUUUUUUCAGGUUUUUAGGAGUCCGAUUGGCAAUGGCUGUGGAGCCAAGACGCGGCUCGCUGCGAGCUUACUGGGAAAAGGAAGUCUCAGAGGGCUUCGUUGGAACUGCUGCAAAUUUCGGCGAGCGCUUUUGUAUUUCUCGUCAUACGUUCGAACAGAUCUCCAGCGCCCUGUCGUUCGCGGAUGAUAUUCCUUCCGAUGAUCUGUGGAAGCCGAUCCGCUCGAUAGUUGUUGGCUAUAACAGUCGCCGCCAAGAUGUAGUGUCUCCGGGAGAUAUAAUGUGCGUCGAUGAAUGCAUGAGUGCAUGGCAAGGCAAGGAGGGGAAACACUGCCACGACGGGAUCCCACACAAAACUAAGAUCCCUCGGAAGCCGGAAGGCAUCGGGGCUGAGAUCAAGGCCAUUGCCGACGGCGACUCUGGAAUAUUGCUGGGAUUAGAGUUGGUUGAGGUGCACAGCGUCAGAAGCAGAAACCAUUUUACGCGCAAUUUGGUGAGGGCACUGCUGUGGUACUCCGCCUCUCAGAGCCUUAUAUAG